AUGCCCCUUCAAAGCUACUACCACGUAUCCAGCGAAAAAGGCUUGUCAAGCGUGACAUCCCUCAUCGUUGGCUCCAAAGAAGCCGUCCUCUUCGACCCCCCAUUCCUCAUCCCCGACGCCAACGACACAGUAACCUGGAUCAAAAAUACCCUCAGCACCCAAAACCAAAAGCUCAAAGCCGUCUUCGUCACUCACCACCACCCGGAUCACUUCUUCUCCGCAAACCCGAUCCUCGAAGCAUUCCCCGAAGCUCGUUUCUUUGCUGCACCGUACGUGUUGGCGGGGAUCAACAAUGAGUACGAUGAUAAAGUAGUUUACUGGCCAUCUAUCUUUGGUAGAGAAAAUAUUCCCGAAAAGCCACGGAAACCCGAUCCGUUUGAGUAUAGUUUUUUUAUCUUGGAGGGGGAUCCGGAUUCGCCGGUGCAUUUGUUGGGCCCUGUGCAAGGGGAUUCGGUUGAUCAUACUAUUUUCUGGCUGCCGAAGGAGCGGACGUUGAUUUGUGGUGAUACUGUUUAUGCGCGCAGUACGCAUGUUUGGGUCGAAGAGGUCGAAUCGGCCGCCCUGCUAGAAGCCUGGCAACGCACAAUCCAACUAAUCGAGCACCUCAACCCCAUGAAACUAAUUCCCGGCCAUAUCGAAUCCGGCUGGGAACCCGACGUCGCCGCCGACCUGGCCCAUAUGAAGAAAUAUCUCUCCCUAUUCGGCGAGAAGAUCACCUACGCACCCAAAAAGGCGCAAGUUAAUGAACUGUAUGAAUUCUUUAAAAACAGUUUCCCGCAAGCGGAUAAGAAUUUGGAUUUCUUUUUGGGCCAUUUGUCCAAUCAGUUUGGCGAAGGCGGGAAAGUGUGGGAGGAGAAUCGGCAUCAGAACGCUGGCGAGAGGGGGAGGGAGAGGUUGCAGGGGUACUGGUUUAGUUAG